CGGCGGCGGAGGUCGGGGGAGCUGGCGGCCAGCGGAGGCUGCGAGCGCUGAGACGGCAGCAGGGCCGGGCAGCGCCGCCAGACCCUGCUCUCUCCCAGGCCGCUGCGCACACGUGCGAGGGGCCCACCCCUGGGUCCAGAUGACACUCAUGCCGACGGUGAUGGCGGUGACCCAGCCAAAAUGGGUCUCAGUCUGGGGCCGCUUCCUGUGGGUGACGCUGCUGAGCAUGGUGCUGGGCUCCCUGCUGGCCCUGCUGCUGCCGCUGGGGGCCCUGGAGGAGCAGUGUCUCACUGCGCUCAAAGGCUUCUACCUGCUCAAGAGCAAGCUGGAGAGGGCAGAGCCUGCCGUCACCAAGUGCACCAGCCUGUCCACAGAGCUCAGUGUCACCUCCAGGGAUGCAGCACUGCUGGUGGUCAAGACCAAGGCCUCUCCAGCAAGCUGGAAGCCAAAGCAGCGCUGAACCAAGCCCUGGAAAUGAAACGCCAGGGCAAGCGGGACAAAGCCCACAAGCUCUUCCUGCACGCCCUCAAGAUGGACCCGGGCUUCGUGGACGGACUCAACGAGUUUGGCAUCUUCUCGGAAGAGGACAAGGACAUCAUCUGGGCAGACUACCUGUACACCAGAGCGCUGACCAUUGCGCCCCAGCACGAGAAGGCGCUGGUCAACCGUGACCGCACGCUGCCGCUGGUGGAGGAGAUCGACCAGCGGUACUUCAGCAUCAUCGACAGCAAGGUGAAGAAGGUCAUGGCCAUCCCCAAGGGCAACUCCGCGCUGCGCCGGGUCAUGGAGGAGACGUACUACCACCACAUCUACCACACGGUGGCCAUCGAGGGCAACACCCUCACCCUCUCGGAGAUCAGGCACAUCCUGGAGACCCGCUACGCUGUGCCGGGGAAGAGCUUGGAGGAGCAGAACGAGGUCAUCGGCAUGCAUGCGGCCAUGAAGUACGUCAACACCACGCUGCUGUCGCGCGUCGGCUCCGUCAGCAUUGGCGACGUGCUGGAGAUCCACCGGCGGGUGCUGGGGUACGUGGACCCCGUGGAAGCCGGCCGCUUUCGCACCACGCAGGUCCUGGUGGGCCACCACGUCCCGCCCCACCCCCAGGAGGUGGAGAAGCAGAUGCAGGAGUUCAUCCAGUGGCUCAACUCGGAGGACGCCAUGAGCCUGCACCCGGUCGAGUUCGCGGCCCUGGCCCACUAUAAACUCGUCCACAUCCACCCCUUCGUCGACGGCAACGGCAGGACCUCGCGGCUGCUCAUGAACCUGAUCCUCAUGCAGGCGGGCUACCCGCCCGUCAGCGUCCGCAAGGAGCAGCGGGCCGAGUACUACCACGUGCUGGAGGACGCCAACGACGGCGACGUCAGGCCGUUCAUCCGCUUCAUUGCCAAGUGCACGGAGACCACCCUGGACACCUUGCUCUUCGCCACUACAGAGUACCCUGUGGCACUGCCAGAGGCCAGACCCAACCACUCUGGGUUCAAGGAGAUGCUGCCUGUGAGGCCCUAACGCUGUACAUCCUCCCCGGGUGGCAAGAGUUGUCCCAAGUGGGGAACAAAGUCAAAGAAACUCAGCACCUCUAGAAACCUAGUCAUCUCCCAGAGCAGGAGGAGAUGGGUAAGGAACUUACACAUUCUUUACCUCCAAAUGUUUCUUUAAAGAAGAAAACUAAAUUAUUAAGCCUUGUCCCUAAGAUAACUUAUAACUGGGCCAAGUUAUUUAUUUCCUUUUGAGCUGGUAAAUGUGUGGCGUCAGCUGUCUGUGCUGGCGGCCCUGAUCCUUGGGGUGGUCCCAACAGGCUUUGGGGGCAUUCAGUGCUCCUUGUAUGACCAGAACACAGGUUCUGGAGCAGAAUUUGCACUAAGAUGGGGAGUUGUGGGAUGAGGUCUGGAGGAGUAACUCCUUCCAGCCCUUUCUGGAACUGGCUGAGAGGGUCUAUGACUACCUGGGAAGUCGGCACGGUUCUAAGACACAACUGAAAGCGUUCUUUCUUCCAGGUGUUGGCUCCCCUAUGAAGAGGUCAGUGUAGUGACUAACUCUUAU